CACUACACUACACUUGCAAUAUUCUUCAUUUCACAGCUUAAAAGGGCAACCAAAAAAAUGGCUAUAAUUACUCAUUAUCUUAUCACUUGUUUAGUAAAUGUAUUAGCUUUUUUUGUACUCCAUACUUGUGCUGUGGAUCCAACUGAAGGUUUUGUAGAGCUGCCAUUUAACACAUCGUAUUACUAUAUUCAGAAGCCUUAUGAUCUUAAAGUAAGCGACCGAUACAGCUUUGAAAAUGGAACACACAGGCUUUGGGUUUACUCUACCGAUAAGCCUUUGGCCAAAAGCAGUCCUACCAGGCCUCGAUCAGAAGUCAUCAUUAAUGGAUAUAAUUACACGUCUGGUAUAUGGCAAUUCGAAGGAUACGCAUACGUACCAUCAGGCACAUCAGCUGUAUGUAUCUUCCAAGUGUUCGGGGCUAGCCCUAACGCCACAAUCACAACCACCCUAAUGCUCCGAGUCUACGAUGGAACCCUAAAGUACUACACCGAUCCGGUGAUUCUUCCGCAGAUUUACGACCGAUGGUUCAAAGUAAACGUAAUUCAUGACAUGGAUGGUUCCAAAACUAUGGUCUAUAUUGAUGGGGUUAAGUUAUAUGAAGGAGUAGGGCGUGGUGGAGAGUUUCAUUUCUUCAAAUUUGGUGUGUAUGCGCAGAAAAAUGAAACUUAUUAUAUGGAGUCUCGUUGGAAGGGAAUCAGGAUUUUUAAUAAAACUACUACUCCUAUGGACCAUUAUCAUCAGAAACAUCAUCAUGUUAAACCUAGGUGUCCUCAUUAGAAUGUAAUCGAGUGUGUGCCAAAUUUCAAUUUGAUUGUACUUAUUUGAAGAAAAUAGAUAAAAUGAAUUAAUAAAAACUAAUUUGAUGUUUGUUA